GGGCUAAUACCACUACAACACCCAAACUAUCCGGAAAAUGCCACUUGUGUCCUAUUGUUUCCAAUAUUCCAUCUGUGUCCUGAAUUAUUACACUUUAUGUCAUUUGUAUCAUGACAAUUUCGUUGACCGUUAAAGAUAACGGUUGACCAAACAGUGGUCAACUUAACAUUGACUUUUGCUGACGUGGCAAUGCCAAGUCAUUGACACCUCACAUUUUUAAUUUAAAUUAAAUAACAACUAAACAUAAAGAAAUUCAAAAUUAAAAAUAUAUGUAUUUUCAAUAAUAAUAAAAUGUUCCUCCACCUGCUCUUCGUCGUCUUCUAGUGCCGGACAGCCGAGGUGAUUGUGGUUUCUCCAACCGGCAAUUUUGACGGCCUAACCACCUACCCCUGCUCCUUUGUUUCUCGUUGCCGCCAAUCUCCAGCCAUCGUCGAUCCUAGUCGCUAUCACCUCCCAGCCCUUCAUCCUGCUCUCUGAACCCAGAAAUACGACGAAUUUCCAUUUGUCUCUCGCGCCACCGCAAGCUCCAGUCUCCCUCUCCUUAAGUCCUUUUCGUUUUUCCUCAACAAAACUCCAAAUCCAUGUCCAUUUAACACCCUCCUCCCACUCCAGAACAUAUCACUAUGCUUUACUUUCGAUUUCAAUCUCCAAUUUUGAGUUGAAUCGAACAAAUUAUGUUUUUGCCAAAAUUAGGGUUCUUGGCAAAAAUGGUGGAUCUUCAGCGCAUCAUUGAGGAAUCGCGACAAGCCAAAAUUCGUACAUCGAUCACCCUCUUCCCUUAUACCCAUUCAUUUCCCUCAGAUCCAUCCGUCGUUGAGAAUCGCGAUAGUCUCACAUCGCCGGAGAGGAGAUGGUUGACCGAAGCUGUGGUUCUGGAUUCCUCUUGCAACAACAACGACGCAAGCUCCACCAAGAAUUGGGAGUGAUGAAGCUGGAGGGAAGGUGGUUGGUGACAGUGUGCAAGGGAUUGGAGAGGCAAAGCUGGCGGAGGCGGAAUAGUACCGUCGGGGGAGAAGACAUAUAUGAUUUCUUUUUGUUUAAGGGUUGAUGUAAUUCGGUGGGAGAGAGACAGAAGAUGUUGAGCGAUGGCAGGAUGUCUGCCUAGGAAGCGACGGAAGGUGGAGUCGGCGAGGUCGCUGCUGCUGCUGAAUCGCCGAGCGGAGUAGCUGCGGCGGCAGAGGAGAUGUGCAGCGACGAGGUAGAGGAGCUGGACUGACGGAGGAUUAAGAAAAUUUAGGGGUUUUCCAUAAUUUGUAUUGUCUUUUCCUUAUUGUAAUUAUUUUAGAUGGAAAAAUAAAUGAAAAUUGAUAAUGAAAAUUCCACGUCAAC